AUGUCCUGGUUUCCUUGCUUACACCCGACGUGCAGUGAACAACCGGAUGGCAGUGGUCCCUACGGCAAAACUCAGCUACCGACCUCUGAGAGCAGUGUUGAAAGUGCCGCAAGUCACGCCUCGAAAGAACAUGAUCCGGCGCCUGAAGCAGCAGAGUCCUCGGCCUGGAGUCUUGUUCCACGCACUGGUGCAGAUGAGCCCCCAGAGCUCGAGGAGGCCACGCUGUCUGAAACGAAAACGUCCGUUCCAAGAAAGGCCAGCUUCGGAGACGACGUUCAGAGCCAACACAAUGUCACUCGCCGCCCGGAGUCGCACAGAGUGAAUCCCUCGCGGGACGCCUAUGUCUCGGCAUUCGAGGUCGUCCGCGCCACAAACCAACGCGUGCUCGACCAGGUCUUUGAGCUGAAUUCCACAAGAGGCCCACUGCUGAAACAGAUCGAAAGCCUCCUCCGUGCCUUGGAUGAGUUUGUGCGCCACAUCACCGAUCACACUGGGCCCCCAGAUGUGAGUGAUGAUCUUGCGACCAAGGUCCAGGUUCUCCAGCAGCAACUCGACACUCUCCGAAACGGCCAAUUUGCGUCUCUGCAGGCAGAUGAAGCACGGCAUAAGGCAAUCGAGGACGACAUCAUCCAAUCCCUCCACCGUUCUGGUACGUAUUUGGACAACUUGCUGCGGUCAACCCCGGCCAGCCCCAAUCUGAACCAUGAAACCUCCCCGGAUCUACGGCAAGAUCCAGCCAUCGUUGGGAACGGCCUUCAGGAGCAGUCUACCGACGUCCUUCGAUAUUUGACUCAACUCGGCGAUGUCGAUGCUCUUCAGGAAAAGUUAUCUGAUCUCUACACGGAACGCGCACAGCUCCUAGAGGAGCAGAAGUCGAAAGCCAAGCUGGGCGUCAGGUUGGACGACGACUCUCUGGCCUUCCUCCAAUCCUCUGAGCGCGAAGCAGGGGAAUUAGUGGAACAACUGGAGUAUGCGAGGCUAGUUCUAGAGGCUCUGAAGCAACUCACAGACGACCCAGAUGCCCAAUCCCUCUCGAACGACGACUCCCCUGUGUCCGAGGUCGACGAGGACUCCGCCGGACUGCGACUUCUCGAGGACAGCUUCACGGCCGAAUCACUCCCAGCUGCCCCCACAGAGAGUGACAAGCAGCUGGUGGUGCGCCAAAGGCUCGAGGCACACGACAACGACUUCAAAUUCAUUCUUGAAAGCGCCGACGACGCCGCACUGGGAACUGCCCUUUUCAUCAACGCCUGGAUGCUAAAGCGGUUGUUGCAUCUCCCACGAACCUUGGACAGGCUUAUCUCCAUCGUAGAGCAGCUGCAUCCCGAAGCGGAUCUUGAACGCCUGGAGCGCACGUUCCUGACGUACUGGUUCAACGACGGUUCUGCGACCGACUUUGCGACAAAGAGGUCGCUUGCCGACCAACAAACGAUGCGAGCCAAUACUCUGUCCCGGUAUUUUGAACCGAAGAGCAUCGCAAGCGACACAGCCGUGCCUGGUUCGUCGCCUCUACUUCAACUAGGCCCGUCCGUCCGCACCAGCGAGAUCAUUGAGCAAGCCAUACGAUUCCAAGGGUUGCGAUCGUCGCAGGUGUCCGAGGCAUAG